CUUUGUUGAGGUGCCAAAAAUACAUCGCUUUGGAUCACAAAAGUCAAAGUAGAUCACUUCAGGACCUAGGAUUUUUACACGUCUCUAUCCGGUUCUCAGGCUUACCGGGUAUCAUAUUUUAUCACGUUUAUUUUAUCAGGCAUCAUGAAACAGAGCCAAGUGCCACCACUACCAUUCCGAGUGAAGACGACGCAUUCGUGGCCAGGCGAGGUGAGCGGCGAUUUGGGGUUUGUGGAGGGCGACAUUAUCGAAGUUUUGUCGUUCGUAGACGACGAGUGGUGGAUGGGAAAACUCAAGCGCAACCAGCUCCUGGGGAUUUUUCCGUCUGACUUUGUCACCAUUGUCGAAGAUAAGCUCAACCAAAGCAUGCGGGUAGAUAUGAGAGCCAGCACGGCUCCGCGCCCUAAAGACCAGUCUAUGCGGCAGACGGACAAGCUCUUGAAGAGCCCCAAAUCGCCUAGCCCCGUCCCGGAACAACCAGAUGGAUACUACGAAGACGAAGAGGUGGUGGAUCCCUACGGCUUCUCCUUCCGGUCUUCAAAAAACAAAUUCGACUACCAGCAGUUGACCAAAGAGGAAUACCUUCAGUUGCAGAACUUGCAGUUGCAACAGCAGCAGAUCCAGCUUCAGCAGCAGCUUCUCAGACAGCAACGAAUGCCAAAGUCCGCCAGCGUGCAGGCGUUAGACCGCGUUCGCCGCGCGGGAAUGCCUACCUCACAGAGCGACAACAACUUGACCCGCAGCCCAAGUCCCCAGAAGCAAGGCUUUAUGAGCUAUGAUGGGUACUACAUGGAGCCAAGUCCAAAAAACGGGGGUGAGAGAAACAGACAAAGCCCUAGGGGUCAACCGAAAUCCCAUGACAGUGGCCCCCCCGGGUGGAAUCACACCGGAGCCCAAGAAUCUCGUUACACUUCUAGACCUCGCGAUGGUAGCUCACAGUCUAGACUUCCUGAAAAUGGAUUUAAUGGCUCCACACCUCAAUCGCAUACUCGUUCUAACCACGCCCGUGAUAUUCGCUCCUAUCCCCCAACAGAUGAAAGCCUUUCCUCUAGAUACGACGUUCAUUCCACUGUCUCUGGCAAAGCACACUCUAAUCACUCUAAAUCUAACGAUAUCUCUACCCCCUCGAGCUUUGCCGCAUCGACAAUGUACCAUGCAACUCUUGAAACCGACGAGUCCGACUUCAGCGAUGCACCACCGCUUCCGCCAAAACACGCGGUGCCGCGCUACAAGAGUAGCAACAACAUUACCGGAAUGCUCGAACCACCUCGCGACAGCUUCAUACCUUACGACGCGGACGACCUCCGGAUGUCGUUGUUGAAGGCAAAAAUGGCAAACGAUGAGGUUCAUGAUGAGAAGCUUAUGCGUGUGCUCCAGGACUCAGAGAAGGCUCCUGGAGCGGUUUCGAUGACUACCUCGCACUUGGGAUACUCAACACAGUCUCAAGACAGCGAGAUCUCCAUCCGCUCGGACUUUAGCGCUACAAGCGCUGGCUCCUUUGCACAGCACAAAUUCCGCCGCGUGAUAGAUGAGAAGAAACAGAUGAUCGAGGAGGGUCAGUCUGCGGGAGCGACUCUCCAACAACAGAAGGAAAUCAUCGACAGUAUCUUCGAGAUCGAUAAGAAGUCGCGCCACCCGAACUUUUUGAAGAAGAUUUUUGCAAAGGAAAAGGGUGCGGCACCGGCAUUACCCCUCGAGCACAGGUUGACGCAGCUCAAGUUGACGGAGGACACAUUCCAGGCGGAGUUGAACCGGAUGAACACGUUGAAGCUGAAGGACAAACAAGACCGGUCGAAACGGGUAAACGAGGAAGAAAAUGUGAUUUUGAAGCCGUUCGACUUCAUCAAUGAGAUCAACAAGAACGAAGUGGACGAGCUGCGCAUGGAGGAGCCGCCAUACUUGUUCUGGCAAAAUAAACAGAACCCGUACAACAGCUUUGACGUCACCAAAAGGUUCUUGGCCUCGUUCCACGCCCCUGACUUGCGGACCUUCCUCCAGGAAGUGGAUGCGCACUUCCAGAACCACACGUUGGAGAAGAUCAAGACAGUGUUCUACAAGCUCGUAGAAUUCAGUCUUUUGGAGGAAGUCUCGGAGAAAAUCUCUGUGGCGCGGCCGCUGCAGAAGUUGGACGCGCUUUUCGCAGCACACCGCGGUACGCUCUAUGAGCUCAACUACUUGUUCAAAAAGAUGCUCGACGGGCUCCGCAUCGAAAGUGAGGUGGUGCUUGGUUACAUGAAGAAACCAGAAGCGCUCAACGAUACUCUUAUCAUCAACCAUUGUUGGGUGUCAGUGUUGGUGAACGGGGAGUACCGGAUGAUCGACUACCUCCUCUUCAAAAACCACGCGAUGAUGAACCGCACGUCAUACAACGACUUCUACUUCUUGACCAAACCCUUGGACUUGAUCCACACCCACAUUCCAUCGAUGAUUGACUCCCAGCACAUUGUGCCACCCGUCGACUUGCUCAUCUCGUUGUCGUUGCCGUACUGCUAUUCGGGCUACCACCGCUACGCGUUGCACCUCCUCAACUUCAACAAUGGUUUAACUAAGUUGAAGGAUCACGAGUUUUUUGAAAUCGAUGUCCAGCUCCCCUACGAUGUGGAGGUCUUCACCCACAUCAAGACCGCCGACGGCACCGAGCACAACGAUUUGACCCUCUGCCAAAUCUUGUGGAGGCGCGACAAACGCAUUGCCCGAAUCAAAGCCUUAUUGCCGCCAAAAACCGCUUCGGGCUUCCUCCAGGUAUUUGCAGGCCCCAAGGGUGUCCAAAAGACCUUGAACAAUGUUCACGAACUUGCAGUCGUCAUCCCGUUGCACCACAAGGGUGAGUAUAAGGCCAUCGAAUUUGUCUCGCGCUAUCCGACGAACCAGAGCAAAGCUAACGACUUGUACAUUAAACAGCCUCAGAUCAACAACGUCUUGAAUCGCAACACCUAUACGUUCCAGAUCUUUCAACACCCAUCGAAGUUGCUCAUGGCGGACUCUCCGUACCUCGGGUGCAAGUUAGGCUUACAGACCCCGAGCGGAAAGCUCAUCCCGCUUAAGAAGGAAGCAAACGGCAAGCCCUAUGGGAUGUAUGAACUUUCCAUCAGGAUCAACGAGGUGGGAACAUACCGUGGUUUGGUAAUGACCGACAGUGGAAACAGCUGGUGUGUGUUUGCCGCGUGGGAAUGUGUCACCAAUGAUGCAUAAUGUUGGGCAGUUACAUUUCGACAUAUUUAAUAGCAUUUUAGCAUACUUUAAUGAAAUAGUUAAUAUUAACGAAUGACUGGUAUGAGGCUUGGAGAUAUACAUAUCGAAU